AUGGUGUUAGGAUGUAAGCAUAGAAAGUUAUAUGCGGGUAAAUUUUCUUACCAGAAAUUUGUGUUUAGCAGCUUGUUGAAGAUAUGGAAUAUGAAUAACAAAUACACAGGCGUUUUAGGAGUUUACAAUUGUCAAGGAGCAGCUUGGAAUAGUGUUGAAAGAAAGAACACAUUCCACGAAACAAAAUCUGAGGCAUUAACAGGCGCCUUUAAGGAUCUGACGCCCAUUAAGGUGUUAGCACUUGGGUUCAGCUUUGCACCCUUGGGACUCAUUGCCAUGUAUAAUGCCGAUGGUGCCAUUGAUGGGCUAAUGUAUGAAGUGAAAGGAGGAGCAAAACUAUCGAAGUUGGACGAGGGAUAUAAGGAUGAAACCAGCAUAGUGAGCGAUGAUCUUAGUUGA